AUGCUUGACAACAGCCAGCGAUGGCAAUAUGUCUUUGCUUUUCCAAUGGACUUCAAGAGUGACCACUGGUCUUCUCCGGCCUUUGAGCCCAACGAAGCAUGGGACAGGAUCUUUACGCGUUUGGAUGGAACUGCCGAGAUGACGUUCUCAACAGGAACUACAAACAAGCAGUUUCAUCAAGCUGUAUUAGAUGAACUCGUCAAAAUUCUGACCGGUCCAUGGUGCGGCUUCGAAGUUGGCAAGUACAGGACUAUCGACGAGGACGAGCUUUUCCUUCUUGUCAGCCUGGAGGAUGAAGAGGCCAUCAAAGCCAUUGCCGAAAAGGAGGAGUUUCCUGCCAUGCUCCGCCAUGAUGUCGUUUACAAGGAUCUGACUUGCGCGACAGACGAGUCGACAGGCCGAGAUCGAUUCCGUGUCCGUGACUUUGGUGAGUUCCUCGAUGGCAAGAGGCAUACAAACAGAUAUCCUGGUCAUGUUAGAUAUAGUGCCGAAGUGGACGAGGUCUGUGAGGACUUCUAUACGGCUGAUCAUAUACGCCUUGCGCGGCAUCGCAUCCGCAGAUUUGUGCGCUUGCAAUCGCUGGUCUCAGAAGGCGUGGUGAACCAGUACUUCUGUGUCCAUCACUGGACAGACUUGCAGUUCUUCUACCAGGUGCAGCGCUGGAAUGAUCCGUGCAACCUCCUGCAGUGGCCGGCAGAGCACCUCCCUGACAGUAUUCAGCAGUACUUCGGAGCAGACCUGUCAUUCUUCUUUCAUUGGUUCAACGCCUACACGUCGCGUUUGCUCGUUGCAACGCUGGGUGUUCGACCUUGCAACCAGCUCGAGGCGGUUUUUAUUCUGGCCGGCUCUGCUGUCCACGCCGAUCCUGGCUCAGGCAAAGUCUCGGAUUUGCGGGAGUUUUUUCCUGCCAUUUACACUGCGAGAAGCUCGAGACGGUUCGCUGGGGAGAGCAGCUUGGACGAUAGGUAUGUGGCAUUCUCCAUCUUUCUGGGAGUCUGGUCCACCACCUUCCUGGCAAGGUACAAGCAUAUGAAGAACCUGAAGGUCCUCAAGUGGGGCAUGAAGCACCACGAUCGAGAAUUCGCCGAAAUCCGCAGGCAGUUUCGCGACGACUACAGAGACAGCUGGGGAGAGUAUUUUCAGCAACUCUUGCACUGGAUUCUCUGUGUCGCCUUCAUGGCCGAAACAGUUUUCUUCACACUAUUUGUCAGCCAACUGCGGAUACAAGCUCGGGUAGAUCCGAUGGGGCGAUCCUAUGGAAUCCGGCACCAACACCUACAGGCAUACGGAAAGUACAUGAUCACUGCCAACAUCAAAAUUGUCGAUUAUCUCUGGACGAACCUGUCCACAUACCUGUCCAAGAACGAGAAUUGGAGGACACCAGGAGAGCUGCGCAACAAGGCUACAGAGAAGCUGUUUGCUGUUAAGUUCGUUGUUUACUACUACCCCUUCCUCUACACGAUUUUCAUCAAACCUGCGAUUUAUGACAUCGACAUCCAGCCAUGCUUCAAGGCAUUGAGCAGCGAUCUGCGACUCUUUUUCUUCACGCAGAUCGUUAUGGAGGUCAUAUUUCUCUUCGUGUCUCUGCUUACUUCCUGGCUCAAGGUUGCUUCCGAACGAAGGCGAUUUGCCAACAAGGAGUAUUCGUACUUAGAAUAUCAGGCCAAAUGUCCUGAGUAUUCAGAUGAAGACUUGAUGUCGGAUGUGCAGCUUCAGGUGAUUAACUACGGGUUCUUAGUGAUGUUUGGAGUCUGUUUGCCAUAUGUGUGCUGUAUUUGCUUCUGUGUGAACUUUCUGUUCAAGCGCAUCCUUGCGUACAAGGUCUCGUACAUCUACCAGAGGCCGAGCCCUUUCGGAGCAGAAGGAUUUGGUGCUGAGGACAUCAUAACCCUUCUGUCGUGGAUCGGUGUGAUUUUCAACACCUUCUUGGUGAUCUUCGUGUCGCCGCUCUGUGGUGACAUGAGCUUGCACCCGAGCUCUUCUUCGAGCGGUAUUCUUUCAAAGCUCUAG